CAACUCUUCUUUAGCUUCCCUUCUCUCUCUAUCUAUCGGUGCUUCUUGUGUUCGUUCUUCUCGAGAUCUGUGCCUCUGUGUUUCUCCUUUUCCCGGGAGGUUUUAUCGUUUCGCUCAGAUAAUGGCGCCACCCAUUGAGAAUGCUGCUACCAAAAGUUAUGCUGAGAAACAGGCUUCACUUCCUCGUCUUAAUGAGAGGAUACUUUCGUCCAUGACCCACAGAUCAGUUGCUGCACACCCAUGGCAUGAUCUUGAGAUAGGACCUGAAGCUCCAAUAAUCUUCAACUGUGUGGUUGAGAUAGGAAAAGGAAGUAAAGUAAAGUAUGAACUCGACAAAACUACGGGUCUAAUCAAGGUCGAUCGUAUUCUUUACUCAUCUGUCGUGUACCCACAUAACUAUGGAUUCAUUCCGCGUACCCUCUGUGAGGACAAUGAUCCUAUUGAUGUUCUUGUCAUUAUGCAGGAACCGGUGAUCCCUGGAUGCUUUCUCCGGGCCAAAGCUAUUGGUCUCAUGCCAAUGAUUGAUCAGGGUGAGAAAGACGACAAGAUCAUUGCUGUCUGCGCUGACGAUCCAGAGUAUCGUCAUUACAAUGACAUCAAGGAACUUCCUCCUCAUCGUCUGGCUGAGAUCCGCCGUUUCUUUGAAGACUAUAAGAAAAACGAGAACAAGGAAGUAGCAGUUAACGACUUCCUUCCAGCUACCGCAGCCUACGAAGCAGUCCAGCAUUCCAUGGAUCUGUAUGCCGACUACGUCAUGGAAACCUUGAGACGUUGAUCUCUUCCACCACCCAAGCAAGAAAGCUUACAAGUGCGUUUUCACAUUUUGUUUUCUUGACAAAUGUGAAGUGUAUACAUGAGUAUAAAUAUGUUAGGAUUCUCAAAGGAUAUGUCCUUUUGUUGAAUCCAGUAGAUGAUGCCGAAAAAAAAAAAUCAAAGAAACCAAGAACGUUGGUAUUUUUUGAUGUUUUAACCAUUUUGUUUGUUUUUCACGUUGGUAUUUUAUUAUUUUUUAACCAUUUUGUUUGUUUUUCACGUUGGUAUUUUAUUAUUUUUUAACCAUUUUGUUUGUUCUUCACUUGUAUUUUCUACUCACGG